AUGUCCCUCCCACAUCUCACCCGUCCAACACGCGAAGAUUUCUUAAAUGCUGCGAACGGCUUCGUCGAACGCAUGCGCGUACGGUUUCGAUGGUUCUUCAUCCGCAACUUUCGGAAGUUCAACGCAGAUGACAUAUCGGCGUUUAUCACUUGGUUUCUGAUGAGCCAGGGUUUGUGGAUCCUGGUCGGAACCACGACCUUCGCGUCCGUCAUUUUUGCCAUAGCUAGCUCACUUCGUCUCCAACAAUACCUUGCCCGCGCUCUAAGUGACUACCUCACCUCAGAAACGGGGGUGACCAUCAUUUUCGAAUCAGCCAUCGUUCCCAAAUGGAAAGACUCCCGCAUCUCCUUCAAAAAUGUAUAUAUCACACGUCGACCACCGUCCGCCACUCUUCCUGCCCGACUCACACACUCUGGUCACCAAGCUGCUUUGGGAUACGAUGUGAGCAAUCACCCUGCCAAUCACGUGUCUGUAGAAGAACAUGAGGAAGGUAGCGUUCAUGGUGUUCCUAAACAAAACGAGAAGGAGAAGGAACACACGGAGGAAGACCUGAAGUGGUCGAUGUUCGACUUGAAUGUUGAUAGUGUGGACGUCACGUUGAGCUUGUGGAGAUGGUUGGAUGGCAAAGGUCUUGUGCAGGAUGCGGUAGUCAAAGGUGUUCGCGGCGUCCUAGAUCGCCGCGGAGUGACUUGGAGUCCCAACCUCGACCCCGCUUCCUUCCGACACGUUUCUCAACCUGGCGACUUUGAGCUCGAAUCGCUCCAACUCGAAGACGUCCUCAUCACCGUCUACCAACCUGGUGGUUUCCGGCCUUACACCUUCUCCAUCUUUCGUGCGGACAUUGGUACCUUCCGGAAGCAAUGGCUGUUCUACGAUCUGUUGAAGGCCCAGGGAAUUGUAGGACAGUUCGAUAACUGUUUGUUCAGCCUGCACAGGCCGCAAAGUAUUGGGAGGACGAAUGAACAGGACGCGAAAGAUGGCGGUUGGUCAACUAUGUCUCGUAUCCGCAUUGAUGGCGUCAAUAUCGACCAUAUUCAAUCCAUGACCUCUCAAGAGGGCCCCAUCUCUUGGAUCACCUCCGGAAAACUCGAUGCAGUUCUCGACAUCAAAUUUCCUCGUUCCGGACCCACAACCGAUACUUUCGACGUUCUCAUCGAUGCUCUGACGGAUGCUGUGGCGCCCAUGGUAGAAAGGAUACCAGGGCAGAGAGAGUUGGCUAAACCACCUUUGACAGUGCCAGAUGACGAUGAUUCUGUGGACGGAAGGAAAUCUGAGAGACGCAGGAAGAGAAGGGGUAGCGACGAAGAAGAAGAGGAGGAGGAGAAGGAAGUGGAGGAGGUAUCGGUGGCUAUUGAUUUGAGGUUCAGGGAUAUCAAAGCUGCGGUGCCGAUCUGGACGAAUGACCUGAGUUACAGUUCGAAUGCACUCAUCAGGCCAAUAGUUGCAUUUAUGAAUGCAAACCGGACCUUGGUGCCCAUUCGUUGCCGGGUUGUGAAGUAUAUGAGCGACUUCGAUGGUGCAUGGACGAUGUGGGAGACUGGCCUCAUGGACGACAUCUCACUCAAAGUCUACGAUGCCCUAGCAUACCACGUCACCUCCGCCAAUAUGAACCAUCGCAUCAAGACAGUCUCGCUCUGGUCUCUUCAAAUGACCGCUGGCGCCGUCUUGAAUGCUCUCAGGAAUGUGAUCGAUCCGGUAACAGUACAGGCGCGGGAUAUGUACAGGGAUGUGGCGAGCGGAGUGGCGCAAAGUGUAGAAAGCGUAGGGCCGGAGGGGAUGGAUAUGAAGGAGGGGAUGGCAAUUGGUGAGCAGAUGAAGGGCAUUAACGAGGACAUUGGGUUGGGUGUAGGUAUUGGUGCGGGAACCGAAGAGGGAGGGUUGGUCGAGGUGGCGGUAUGA